AUGUCUCUCCAGGAGUCUUCUGAAUCAGAUGUGGUUUACCUGAAUGAGACUCCCCGAGCAACUACUCUUCCAGCUCUUCAGAAUGCAACGGAGGUUAAAUUUGCCAUCACAUCCGACUGCGGUCUGGAUCCCAGCGAAAAGGCUAAGGUCGUCACUAAUAAUUCUGCCAUCUACCAACCAAUGCCAAACUUAGGGAGUUCUCGAAGUUUCGAUCCAAGCCAAGUUAGAUUCACUGUUGAAAUUAAACUUCUGAAUGAUGAAGAGGAGGCUUUAUUGAUUGACGUCAAUGCUGCUUCAUUCGGACAAUGGUUAUUUGAUGAGGUGAUAAAGAGAAUGGGAGGUUUGCUCGAAAGUGCUUACUUUGGACUACGAUACUUAGACAAGAGUAAACAACGACAAUGGCUGGACCUUUCAAAAACUGUGUACAAGCAAUUAAAAAGUAAGUUCGAUGUUAUUCCAAGAUCAAUGAAUUUCCGAGUUAAACAUUAUCCUGCAAAACCCCUGAAAGAACUCAAACAGGAAAAAUCUAGGUAUUUUCUAUAUUUGCAACUCCGAAGGGAUCUGCACAGUGGUCGUUUAAUUGGCCGGAACAACGAUAUGCAUAUCCUGGCUGCUCACAUACUCCAGGGUAAUCAAAAUAUUCCUGUUCCUAAUAUUGUCUGA